UUUUUUUUCCUUUUCUUCUUUUUCUUCUUUUUCAUCUAUUUUCUUUAUUUUUUUUUUUGAUUAUCAUCAUGUCUGACGUUGAAGUGAAUAAUGUGGAUCAAAUCCCUGCUGAACAAAAAGGUGCUUUCCAUAGUUUUCUCAAGUCCUUAACUUCCUUUUCUGGUGAUCUAUCAGCAUUGACUUGUCCUGCUUUUUUACUUGCACCUGUAUCUUUGAUUGAAUAUUCGUAAGUCCAUAAUAAAAAAUGAUUAUUAUUAUUUAUUUAUUUAUUUUUAUUUUAGUGAAUAUUGGACUCAACAACCAGAAUUAUUUGCAGCUAUUCCUCAAUCGUCUGAUCCUAUUGACCGUAUGGUAGCAUUUGUGAAAUGGUAUGUAUCUUCUUUAAAUGCUUCUUAUUCCAGUCGUGUUCCUAAAGGUGAAUGGGAAAAGAAACCUUAUAAUCCUGUUCUUGGUGAACAAUAUUUUAUGAAAUGGGGUCAAGUGGAUGAUUGUGGUGAAACCAAUGUUGUAUGUGAACAAGUCUCUCAUCAUCCU